UUGAUCGAUUGAAAGUUUUAAAAAAUUAUACAAACAUUAAACACUAGUUGUGGCUCGUGGUCUCGUCAGUGUUCACUUGUUCAGUUCAGUAUUCAGAUCAGUUACAAACAAAAUUAUAUAAACUGUACUGAUUUAGUUUAUCAAUUAGCACAUCGUUGACGAGACCAAGUACCGUAGUAAUUUAUUUAGGGAAUUACCGCGGGGUUGACGUGUAUUAGAUUUUUUUAAAUAAAAGAAAAAUGAAGUCGUUUAAUUCUUUUCUACAUUUAUUUAUUGCUCUUGCUAUUUUAAAUCGAAGUGUAUUUUGUUACGAAGUUGAUACUUACGAUUUUCUCAUGCCAAAUGUUUGGCCUAACAAGGAUGAAGUAUACUUAUGCACACCAAUAAGAAUAGCUCCAGAGAAAAACUUCUAUGUGGUGGGAUUUAAGCCUAACGCUACGAUGCAUACAGCCCAUCACAUGCUUCUAUAUGGCUGUUCUGAACCAGGGUCUAAUGACUCUGUAUGGAGCUGUGGUGAAAUGCAGAGUAACGAAUUGGAUAGCCAUUACAAUACAGCAAGCCCUUGCGGUUCUGGAUCACAGAUAGUAUAUGCGUGGGCUCGUGACGCGCCUAGUCUCCAGCUGCCAAAGGAUGUGGGCUUCCUCAUCGGCCACGACUCCUCGAUCAAAUAUCUCGUACUACAAGUGCACUAUAUGACGAAGUUUCCAGUUGGAAAGACCGACAACUCUGGCGUAUUUUUGGAAUACACAACAACUAAAAUGCCGCGCCAGGCAGGCGUGUUCCUGCUGGGCACGAGCGGGGUUAUCGCCCCCUACGGCGUCGAGCAUAUGGAGACGGCUUGCACCAUCAACGAGGACAAGGUCAUACAUCCGUUCGCGUUUCGACCGCACACGCACGCCCUCGGUACCCAAGUAACGGGCUACGUUGUCCGUCGGUCUGAGAAAGGUGAUACCUGGCAAGUGUUAGGUAGCAAGAAUCCUCAGCUACCUCAGAUGUUCUACCCGGUCGUGAACACGUCCCCUAUUACAAAGAACGACGUGCUGGCUGCCCGAUGCGUUAUGAAUAAUACCCGCCAUCACGCUGUUCAGAUUGGACCAACAAACAAUGAUGAAAUGUGCAACUUCUACCUUAUGUACUGGGUUCAAGAUGACACUCCUCUCACCCAGAAGUAUUGCUUCUCCGCCGGCCCCCCAUACUACUACUGGAACAGGGCUCCAGAGGCAUUCGACCGCAUUCCUGACAUGGACGUCAAUAUACUUUAAGAAGUAUAACAUUCCGAUAUGUUCCUUGACUAUAUAGACUAGGAGCUGGUUAUAAAAUAAUCGAUCUGAUAGAAAAAUAGAGCGUCAAACGCCAAAAAAAAAAAAUAUUUUUGAUCUCAAUUUAAAAUAUCUGUGUAAGAAAAUAAAAUGUAGCUGUCAAGUUUAAAAAUGGAAAUGAAAUAUAUCUCAUAUAUUUAUGCAGCUCAUAGUCUUAUAGUUUUAUUUGUAUCUGUGGCACAAAAUUUUAUCUUGUUAUGAAAAUUUUUUAGAGUUGUAGUAUGUCCUGUUUUGUAGGCUACAUAUGUUCAAGUUAUAUUUCACAAGUGUUAAAUAUGUUACAGGAUCCUUAGGACAAGUUAUUGUAGUUACUUAAGUUUAGUGAUCAAGUUUAAAAGACAUGCAAGAAAAUAUAAGUCAAAUUGUUUCUUUUACUUUAAUGUUGCAAUAGGGAAUAUAAAAUAUUAUAUAAUGUAAUAGGUAGGAAAAAUUCAAAUACAAUAAAGUAGAAGAAAUAACAAAAUGGAAUUAAAAUGUUAUUCUUUAAAAGUUGCCAGAGUUUUUACCGGAUACACAAUCUGAAAACUUAUUUAUCUUUGGUAUAUGCAUAAAAUAUUUUAUUGUAUUUAUUAUGUACGUCUUAUUUACAUUCCAUCUCCAUUUUAUAAUGAUUAAAGAUAUUUAUAUAUGAAGAUUAAAACCAAGAUAUAAUAACAAAUGUAUAUACUUCAUAUAAGUGCGAGUACAAAACACUUUCUGUGUGCUAGUGCAAGUUUUUUUUUUUUACUUAUUCGAUGGCGUUGAUGUUAACCAUGAUUCGUAUGGAAUGCAAACAGCAUAGUCUACUGACAAUAAUCGGAAUUCCAUACAAAUCGCAGUAAACUUCAAACUAAAUCGCAGUUAACACAAAAACACAUGUAAGGCUGGCCGUAAAACAUAUAAAUAUCGCAUACUCGCUUAUUACACAACAUGUAUGUAAUUUUUACAAUUUUAUAAUUAUGAUAUAAUUAAAAAAAGCAACUUUUUGUAUCUGUUUCUACUUUCAAUAAUGAUAUAAAAAUAAUGUGGUAUAUAAUAAUUAAUUUUAUGAUUUAAUUGAUGAAAUGAAAUUUAAAGGCAAAGACAGUUAGUGUUACAAAUACUCCUGGCAUAUAUAUGUAUUCAAGAAGUCAAAGAAGAUUAUAAUAUGACUUUUUUUUUUUAUAAACGUUACAAUUUUUUUAUUAUUUCGAAACAGUAAAUUAUUUAUUAUCAUUAUAUUAUAGUUUUUAAGUAAUAUUAUAAUUUGAUACUUUUUGUAACUAACAGUACUUACUCUUAAACGAAAAUAGAUUAAAAUCGUUACUCUAUAUUUGUUUAUGAACCAUAAAUAGCAGCAUUAAAUGUUAUUUAUAACAAUAGUUUGCACCAUAAAGUAUAAAAUAUCAAUAAAUACCACCCCUUUAAAGUAUAUGUACGUGUACACAAUAUAAAGUGUUAUUUAUAAGAAUUAUUAUCUGUAUUCAAUUUAUUUUCAAUUUUAUAGUAUGACGUUAAAUGUAUUAUCUAGUCAAUCUAAGACUUAGUAGUCUACGACAAUUCCAUAUAAUAAGUAUAAAUUUAUAUAAAAAAAUCUAUAUUUCUAUCAAUUUUACUAAACAAAAAAGCUUUACUGAAAAAGUCUGCGAAUUAAUUAGAUCUGAUUUUUUAUGCUGGCAGCAUCGACAUACAUUUAAUUUAUUUCACAA